AUGCAGUUGGCAACGUGCCUUUUUCAAACGCCCCUUCCAAUCAGUUACCGUGAUAAAGUGCGAAGUCAUGCGAGAAGCACACCAUGCGGCACGGCAAGCAAAUGCUGGCAUUUGCGGCUCAAGCUGGUGGUUGCCUUCCAUGUGUGCUGGUCCGGCCAUAGUGGCGUCGCCACUAUGGCCAAGCGGCACUUGGCGGGAAUGGUGCGGUCGAGCCCAAACGUGGUGAAGUUUGACUCCGAACCUGAAGAGUCCUCGCGCCCAAACUCCUCGCCAUCCACGCGGCCUCCCCGCGCGCAGUCCAGCAAUGCGUGGCACGAUGUCAUGGAGAUGUGCCGGAAAGGUUUCACCACAAAAAUGAACAGUGUGGGCAAUGAGAUAUUGCAGGAUGUGCGCAGCGAAGUUCAGCGUGCGGUUGCGCAGCUGAAGUACGAAAUCUCCAGCAUGUUGGAGGCCAGAGAAAAGACUUCCAGCAACAAAAUGGAGUCCGUGCUUCUCAACAUAGACAAGCUGCAGAAGACCACCGAAGAAGGGGUCAUGAACAUUCACUUCGAUCUGUCUCCAGUCCUGCAGGAGAUGCAGCGAGUUAACGACAUCCAUGUCGAGGACCGCAAGAGACUGGAAGGACAAAUGGAGAAGCUUGGGCAGCAGAUGAAAGAGGUCCAGGUCCGGGCAGACCUAGAAGAGGAGCGGCUCCAGAAGUUGCUCGAGAAGCAGGAGCAGACUGAGAGUUUGAUCGUCGGCGUUCAGAAGUUCCAGGACAUGCUGGCGCUGUCCAUCGAGCAGACGACAGACGAGGUUCAAAAGUCAGGCGUGCAGGUGCACCAGGACUACGACAACCUGGUCGCUUUCAACACUGAGACGUCGAGGCAGCUCAUGCAGCGGCUCGAGGAGCCUUUGACCAUGGACACCACGGAGCUGCAUCGGGAGCUGAAGAAAAACCAGACGGCAUUGUCUGCCGACUUCCGCAUGGUUCUGAGCGAGAUUGGAAAGAUCCAGCAAGCGCUGCAUCUGGACUUCAUUCAGAUGGCGGAAUUCGUGAAAGAGGAGAAGGAGCAAAAGCGUCCAAGCCUCCCGCCCGUGGAAGCUGCGUGCGUGGAGGCCCCAUCACCGGAGCCGAAGCUGGUCGAGGAGCCGAAGGCACGGGCAGUGCCAAGCGUUGCGCACACCGGUGCGCAGAGCAUGGCAGUGGGCCACGUGACGGACAAGGAAAGGCCCAGAUCCUCGCUGAAGCAUAGCGCGAGCGCUCCCGCGGACAAGGAAGAGUCCACGUUGAACAUGUCAAUGACCAGUGAGCUGGUCUAUGCGGCGGCGAAGCGCGGGAGUGUUGGUCCCGGAGUUAAUUCAGAGAAUGCGUUCUCGGCCAAGAAGCACAAGCGCGUCCGAGAAUUUUGGAGUCAAACGGAGCCGAAUCCUGUGGAAACGACUGCCGUCCAGACAGACCCAGUGAAGUUCCAGACGCAGCGCGGCAGAAGGAGUACGCACCCCAGCGGUGAAAAGACCUUGGCCGCGCCCAAGCCCAAGCCGAAACCCAAACCCCAAAGAGUCUUUCAGGAUGCCGAGGCGAUGAAGCAAAAGGCGCGCCAAGCGCGAGUCAAGCCGCAGUACAACGUGUUCGACCGCUAUUACAAGACGGGCUGUGCACAGUUCGUCGCCAAGCACUGGUUGUUCGAAUAUGCAACUCUGUUUGUGGUGUGCUUGAAUACGGUCUGGAUCGCCAUCGACACGGACUUGAAUACCUUCUCCAUUAUCACGAAUGCGCCCAUUGAGUUCCAGAUCGCGGAGAACUUCUUCUGCGGCUACUUUUUCUGUGAGCUGCUCAUUCGGUUCUGCGCCUUCCAACAAAAGAGGCAUUGCUUGCAAGACUAUUGGUUUCUUUUCGACCUUUUCCUUGUAGUACUGAUGGUUGCAGAGACAUGGAUUGUCCCGCUGGUGUUCAAUGCGCUUGGAUUGAGGGAGCAGGACCUCGAAGGCACUGUCAACACUGACUUGCUACGAAUUCUGCGGCUGGUUCGCAUCCUGCGGCUGUCACGCAUGGCGAAACUGUUGCGCGCUGUGCCAGAGCUGGUCAUCAUCAUAAAGGGCAUCGGAUUUGCAGCACGCUCCGUCAUCGUGUUCUUUAUGCUGUGGACGAUGAUCAUCUAUGUUUUUGCCAUCCUCUUGCGGCAGUUGACGCAGAGUCACGACGUUGGACCAAAGUACUUCUCCUCAGUGUCCCAUGCCAUGAUGACUCUGUUUCUUAACGGCAUCGUGCCCAACCAAGCCAACAUCAUUAACGAAGUUGGCGUGGCCUCUUGGGCCUUUUGGUUGAUCUUGGUGUGCUUUGUGCUACUGGCAUCCGUAACCAUCAUGUACAUGCUGGUCGGGGUGCUCGUGGAGGUCAUGACUGUCAUAUCUGCCACUGAAAAGGAGGGUAUGACAGUGUCUUAUGUGGCCUCGACUCUACGACAGCUCAUGCAGCAGCUCAAUUACAGCACUGAGGUGCCGCUAUCCCAACGUGAGUUCCAAGCCUUGUUGGUGGAGGAGGAGGUGGACCGUCUCCUGAGCGGGAUGGGGGUUGACGUCGUAGCGCUCGUCGAUACGGCCGAUGUCAUCUAUGAGGACAUGAACAAAAUGGGAAAGAGCAUGACCUUUGAGAACUUGGUCGACACGAUUCUCAACCUUCGUGGCAAGAACACGGCCACGGUGAAGGAUGUCAAAGAGCAGGCUCGCGUCAUAAAGUCGAUGGUGCAGCACACCCUGAAUGCUAACGGCAACAAGGUGAUGGAGGAGUUCCAGGUCUUGCGCACCGAGCUUGCGGCACUGCGGGAAGAAGCCCUGCGACGAGAUGAGGAUGAGGACGCAGAGGCAGAUGAUUUCAAUGCUCUUGGAUUUCAGAUGGAGGAGACGGAGCCUUUCCCUGCCAACUCACGAGGGCUGGACACACCCGAAGAGCCUUUGCCAGGCGGCGACGUGAGCGAGGCUCCGGAGGCAGAGGAAGUCUAG